CGUGUCGCCUUGCGAAAUGGCGCAAAAAAGAUCGCAAUAUAAAAGACAUGAGUUUGUAAACACGGUAAGGUAAGGCUCGCUAGUGAGCUCGCUGCACCAUGACUGGCUCCAAAAGUGGCAAGCCACAGCAUGUCAUUGAAGUCAAGAUUCCACACGUCAGGCAACGUUUUAAUUGGGACUGUGGGGUAUCUUGCGUAUUGAUGGUCCUACCUGACGAGCAGAGAAAACAUUUUAUCAACAAUUUUUACCAAGUUUGUAAAGAAGAGGGAUUCGACAAGAGCACCUGGAGUAUAGAUCUAUGUUAUCUAUUGAAACGAUUUGGGGUUACGCAUGAGUAUUGCACUAUAACCUUUGGUGUUCAUCCCGGAUACCGUGGAGAACAUUUUUACGACAAGAUACUACACAAGGAUGAAGACAGAGUGAAUAAGAGAUUUGAAGAGGCACGAUUGAAUAAUAUUACAGUAAAAAGAACAUCACUGUUGAAUACGGAUCUCAUAAAGCACUUGACUGCUGAAGGACCAAUUAUACUCUUAACCAAUGCAAGUUUGCUGUGGUGUGACAUUUGCAAAAAUAACAAAAUUACAUGUGAAUUGCGGAACUGCUUUCCUUGGCCUGUAAGCUAUAACGGCCAUUACAUUGUCCUAGUGGGUUACAAUGACCGUAGAAAGAGGUUCCUUUAUAGAAAUCCUUCAUAUAGAGAACAUCCACACAUAUAGGUAUAUGCGCAAUGUCCUACUACCAUAUGGAAGAAGCAAGGAAAUCUUAUGGAACAGAUGAAGACGUCAUUUUGAUAUUUGGUACAAAUUUAUCACCGUUAAUAAAUAGCUUAUGAUGUAGCUAAGUAAUUUCCACAGUUAAAGAUAUAGUCACCUUUAUGAUAAGGUUUUUCGACCGAAAAUUACUAUCACUCAGAUUAAUAGUUUUGAUAAUCAAUAUUGAAGAAUUACCUGCAUGUUUCUCAAUCUACGUUCAAAACAUCAUAGGUAGAAGGAUAGAAGAUACGCAUGUUUUUAAAACAUGUAAUUCAGUGCCUCAAUCAUUCUUUACUUAUUAUUGAUAAAUGAGUUGAACGUAGAAUAUUGAUAAUAUGACAUACCCACGUACGACUGUCCAAUUACAUCCAGAACUAAUUAAGAGAUUAAUUACCAGAUAUUAAGGUCAAAGAUACUUCAUUUUGGUUCAUGAUCUCAUGAUAAAAGCAAGUGCAACAGUCCACAUAUAAUGAUGAAGAUUUCGUAUUUCUUAGAAAACUAUUGUCAUAUUAGGUAUGUAAAUUUUAACGAAUACCAUAGAAUUUAAUAGAUAUUUCCAAGUUAAAUGAACAGGGUGGUUCAAAUCUGAAAUUUUUAAAUCAUAAUGUAGAAUUUUCUCCACAGUACACAACUUUCCACAAUAGUUUUUCAAUAACUACUGGACUCUGAAAUCUUGAUUACAAUAUGUUUUUUUUUUUUUAAAGCUCGAAUCGCCAUUUUACAUUGAUCCGUGAGCCAUUGUUGACGAAUUUCAUAGAUGAAAGUCAUUACAACCCUGGUCAUUUUUUGCAUAACUUCUUGGUGAUGGUAUAAUGUAUUAUUAACAAUUUAUUAUGCAGAUCUGACGUGCAUAGGCGUUUUGAAUUGACAUUGUAGUAUAUUGGCUGGGUAGACUCCUGUGAUAAAAGGACACAAAUAU